UUUUUUUUCCAUAAUCUGCCGUGUUUUUUGUCGGACAAGGAUUUUCUAGUCCAGAAUCUCGGGAUUAAUCCUGAUCUCCUGCUCAUUCAUUAGCUGCUGCUGAAUGAACUAGAUCUUAUUUAUUUUUGAUCCAGGAAAUUCUGGAUUAAAGGAUCUGAACUUUUUUUUUUCAUCUCACCGAUUUUUUGUUUCUAAAAUCCUUCGCAAACCCCUUCUCACCGAUUUCUUUCCCACUCUAACCCUAAACUCCUUCUCGAAUCCCUCCCCGCCCACAACUCUCUUUGCCGGGAGAAACCUUAAACUCCGUCCAAUUCCUCUUUGGCGAACCCCUCUCCGCGGGCCACUGCGGUCGCUCUACUGUGGGGGGAUCGAGAUUCUUUGGCAAUCCACCACCCAAUUGCCGUGCUUUGUAGGAAUCUGGAGCUGAUCUCGCCGGAUGGAUGGAUUCUAGAAGAUAUAUUCACCCCACAUGUCCGGCAUACGCACCCCUAGCGGCGCCAUUGGGAGCUUUGGUCAUCAGUGACUCAUUCAACCACAACUUGAUCGUCAAUGGUGCUCUAGCAUCUGGAGCCACAGUCCAGCUCUUCCAUCACAACAUAAUAGGCCCAUCGCACUUGGAAGAGGUGUUGAGGGAGCAGAUUGUGAAGCGGCAACCUGGAACUGCUCACAAACCGUGGAGGCAUGGUCAUUGUGAGGGGAUUUACAGUAUGAAAGGGGAGUUCUGCAAGCUCCCUGAGAUAGUGGCCAUCUGCACAAAGUACAAGGAUGAUGUGAAUACAGUCUCAUUUGCUUAUAGGACAGUCAAGAUCCUGUUCUCUUGUAGUGAUGAUAAUCCAUGCAAGGUUUGGAACAGACGGUGUUUUGCAGCAAUAGAAAAAAACAACAGGUGUGCUAGAGAAGGUCAUCUAGAUGGCAUUACAUUUAUUGAUAGCCGUGGGGAUGGUCAUUACCUAAUAUCAAAUGAUUCGUGCAAGACAAAAAAUCUGCAAAAGCUUGAUGAAGAUGAAGAAUAUGCUCAAAUUAUGGCAAGGAUAGAAGAACUAGAAAGGAUGGAGGAGCUUGAAAAUGGAAAUACUUCAAAAGAUAACACUCAAGAGAAUGAAGAUACUGUGGUUUAUGAUGGAGAUGGGUAGGAAAGCUGGAGAUGAAGAUGAAGAUGAAGACGAAGACAUUGAGGCUGGUCAUAGUUGGUCAUAGUUUUUCAAUAUCAUAUCAUAAAUAUGAAAUUGGAAUCGAAGGCUAAGAUGAAAGUCUUGAGAACUACACUAAUACUUGUGGCCAUUGGAACACUAUUGGAUGCAUCUUAAAUUAAAAUAGUGAUAGAAUAUUGUAGAUAGUUAAAUAUUUGAUUGUUAGUGAUUCUUGUUUUUUUGUAGUUGAUUUAGAGAAAUUUGAGGGCUAUGUAAAAUGAUUAUUAGAUGAAUAAAAAUUAUAUAUUUGUAUUUUUA